UGUGGAAUGUAACCCAGACUCUGGGUUCAGUGGUGUUUAAAUUGUUAGUUUAUACUGAAAUUUAGAUCCAGCUAUGAGUAGUAGUGUAAUGGAGUCUCAGUUGUGUCAAAACUUUCAUCGUGAAUGCAUGGCUGCCAUCAAUCGGAUGGUGAACUUGGAACUGUAUGCUAGCUAUGUAUAUCUCUCUAUGUCCUAUUACUUUGACCGUGAUGACGUGGCCCUGAGGCACGUGGCCCAGUUCCAGAGGGAGCAGUCCCUCAAGGAAAGGGAACACGCAGAGAAGUUCCUGAAAUACCAGAACAGACGAGGAGGACGUAUUAUCCUGCAGGACAUAAAGAAGCCCGAGCGGGAUGAGUGGGGGAACAGCCUGGAGGCCCUGCAAUGCGCCCUGCAGCUGGAGAAGACUCUGAACCAGGCCCUGCUGGACCUGCACAAGCUGGCUACAGAGCAGAAUGACCCCCAUGUGAGUAUGUGUGGGAGUUGA